CAAAAAUUAAUUCGCUUAUGUUCUAGUAGGACAAGCACAAGGUUGAAUAAAGAUUUCAAGCAGAGAAAAAGCAUAUACCCGGUAGAAGUACGACUUGUGAAAGAUGUCGUCGGCCUCCGGGCAAGAGGGGUUCGCCCCGCCCUCCGCGAACGAGCGGGUAUCAAAUGCAAAAAUGUCUGGGUCUGGAACAAAGCAACUUGUCAUGCUAAAUCUGAAUCAUGUAAAAAUCUGUGCUGCAUGAUUACCAAAAGCUGUCCACUAUUCGAGAGGCAGUCUCUCAUGCAGGAUAGGCAUGAUAGAACUCUCGCAGAAUCUGUCUUCAUGCUAUGCCCUACAUACCAGACCUCAUGGGUCAUGGAAAACCUGCAUGACAAGUCUGGCACUCUUCCAGACCCAGACAUUUUUGCAGUUGAUAGCGGCAGGGUGGGUUCGAUUCUGCCGAAAACGCGAAAGACCUCGAUCGAGACCAGCUUUUGAAAAUUUUCAAGCACUUCGAUUCCGAUGGCUCAGGCUCGAUCGAUGUGGACGAGUUGCGAGACGCGAUGCAGGCCCUGGGGAUCAAAGUCACCAUGGCCAGCGCAAAAAAGAUCAUGGCGACCAUCGAUGCGGACGGAAACGGUAUAAGAAUGUGACUUUGAUGUUCGAACGGUAGUUGCAUGGCAUCGCGCAUGAAUUGUUUGUAAGUACCUUUUUCAUGCACGGCUGCGCUUGUAUGUUCACAAAGAUCUGAGUUUAUAUGGAUGUCUGUACUUCCACUUACGAGACAUCAUUAAAAAAACUCGACAAUAGGAACCGUUGAGUGGGAGGAGUUCGAAACGUUUUUAUGCAUUGCAAAUCCAUCUAGGUCUGGAACCUUGUCAUGCUAUAAUGUGAGUUGCAAGCGCUAGCGCAAGAUCAGCACACAGGUACGCAUCAAAAAGUUUCUCGCUGCGAUGCGGUGCCUACUCAGCAUGAAAAAUUGCAGUUUUGCACGACGAAGAAGUCUUCCUUUUUCGCAACAUGCAUGACAGAAUGGGCUGCUCGCUUUCUAGCCGAGCAUUGCAUAAUUUUAUUCCUAGACCAAGUGAAGAUAGAAUUUGCAAUGGAUAUCUUUUCGAGAAGUGCAAAAACCCAGAGGAGAUCCGAUCCCUGUUAUCCGCACAGAAUGCCAAGUAUCUGGACUACAAAAUGAUGGUCGAAUAUGAAAGCGUCAGGUUUGAAAUCGACAAAGUUGAAAUGAUUUGUCAUGCAUAUAAAUGGAUACCAGUUGGAAGACCAAUUUCCAUGCGGCGCAUGACAAAUUUUCGGAGCAUCGGAAUCCAAUUUGUCAUGCUGUUUGGGCACAGGAGACUGCUUUUGUCAUGCUCCUUUAGCAGCUCUAUCCCAAACCCUAAAGAGGCUCACAAUCUACCCCACUUGCCAUCCCGGCAAGACAGGCACUUUAUGCCUUGCAUUUUAUGCAUGACAAAUCAUUUCAACUUUGACGAUUUCAAUCCUGACAGGUCCAUAUCGAAGGCGACCCCAACUUCGGGAAACGAUUUUUCGUCCCGUCAAGCAGAGACAAAAAAUUCAAGUUUUCGGUACAGAAAUUUAGAUGCUUUUUGCAUGCUUGUAUGUUGAUUGUCUCAAGUAUAAUAUACUCUUCGAGCAUGAUGGCGUAGAAAUUUUGUAAGCGCAAAGUAGGAACGGCAUCAAGCGCUGAAGACGACGACCAGUAUCUAUAAUGAUGUUGAUGAAAUUGUACCAAAAACAGGGCCACGAGGACAACGUUGAGGACGUAAAGUGGAUAGACGCCAAGGGAAAUUUUUUCGUGACAGGCAGUAUCGUAUCAGCUGCAAAAAUGUCUGGGUCUGGAAGAGUGCCAGACUUGUCAUGCAGUUUUUCCAUGACCCAUGAGGUCUGGCAUGUAGGACAUAGCAUGACAGAUUCUGUGAGAGUUCUAUCAUACCUAUCCUGCAUAAGAAACUGCCUCUCGAUUAGGUCAAAAGUGGACACUUUUUGGUGAUCAUGCAACACAGCUUUUUACAUGAUUCAGACUUAGCAUGACAAGUUGCUUUGUUCCAGACCCAGACACUUUUGCAUUUGAUAUAUCGACGGGUCCAUCCGAGUGUGGGAUUCAACAACCGGUACUACUACGGUGAAUCUUCUUCGUUGGCAUGCUGCAAUACGAACUGUUGUCACCACGAAACACAGGGCAAGAUUGAAAUAGCGUUCUUGUUCCACUUCCUUUCUUCUCCAUACCUGAUUGAAAACUAUGCAAGUGCGCUCCUACUGCCAAUUAUGACAGAAGGGAUGGCACACCAAAAAAACAACAACAAAAAACAGGUAAGCUCUCGCAUAAGCUGAUAGAGGACAUAGCGGGCGGGGUGUACUGCAUGAAUGUAUUUAACGCGGGGGAAAGACUUCUGUGCGGGCUCGGCGGCAAGGAAGACAACAUUGGACUCUUCGAUAUGACAAAACGAGGUAAAUUCUAGCAAAUUUCGCCGAGUUCGUCGAUGAACACCGUGAAGAGUUUUUUUGUGUGAAGAUGGAUUUUUUGCAGGCGACAAGACAAAUGAGUAAUGUUGCGUAAAAAAAUAUUGUCCACUUCUACACGCGAAAAGAGGAAAAAAAGAUCCGCUAUCGUGACAUACAGGCGCGGAGUCCAGGGUAAUGUCGUACGCCGGACCGCCAGCCCCCGUGUACGCGGUGUGUGCCGAGAAGCUGAAGCAGCCCGCAUACUUCCUCGCCGGGGCCAAAAAUGGCCACAUGGGGUGGUACGACCUCACGCGCAAAGAGCCCGUGAUAUCAAUGACCAAUUUCCACGAAGGUAUGAAAUAUUGAUUGAUGCUGUCGUGGUCCGAGAUGGAGAGGAAAAACACGCACAAUUUUUGAAGAUUGGUUAUACACAGAAAGAAAAAAAAAUUAUGCCAUCGAUUCCAACUACUGUUCACCUUUCUCCCAGGUGUGGUGUAUUCAACGGACCUGAAUAAGGAGGGCAACAUGAUGAUUUCCACGUCGCAGGACGGGUUGCUGCAGAUCGCGGACUUCCGCGGCGGAUUAGAGUGGAAAAUCAACCACACCGUGGAGGAGGCCGCGGCAUCGGGCAUCUGCUUUAAAGCGCUCUUUCGUGGGGACCGGGAAUUUGUGUCCUGUGGGGACGGUACUUUUGAAUAUACAACAACGUUGUUGAGGAAAAACUACUACGUACUUUUUACACGCAGUUCUUCUUCUGACAUCAUGAAAGAUUACCACCGAACCAAAAACCCCAAAAUAAAGAUCGCCUUAUUUGAGGGCGCCGCGACGAUGAAAAUAAUGAACCAAGUACCUAUCACAACUUUUCAGAUUACUGUGUGAAGAAGUGGGACUUGCGACAACUGAAGAAGGGGCCGGUCGAGAACUUCCUCGGUGUGACGUCACCAAUACGAGAAAUGUGCAUGUCCCCGUGCGAGAAAUACUUAGUCUCUGCGUCCGCGGACGGUUGCAUCCGGGUGUGGGUCAUCGACGAACGAGAAUACAUCGACGCAGACAUCGAGCAGUGCGGCAGGACCAUCCAAAACCUAGAGAAGAAGCGCGCGGCCUGGGACGCAAAACUGCAGGAGGGCGACGACGUGGAGGAAGAGGAGCUCCGAUCUUGCGUAAUUUUUAACGGAUUUCCUUGUUGUUCCUUGUUCUUUUUUCAACUGAACAUCUGAUGCGCGUUUACAUGUUUCUCAUGCUGCAGGACUAGCUUCACACAAAAACAAUUUUCAUCACGUCAACAUAUGUACUUAUUCAAAACCUCAGAUUAUGGAGCUGGAAAAGGCCUACGUGCGGGGUAUUUCCGUUUCACAAGCCGAAAACGAGCGGUACGCCAUGAAUUGCGUCCAGGCACGGAUAGGGUUGGACGGCCACACUAUCAAAAGGAAAAAUCCACCCACUCCAUAUCGAAAACGAAAUUUGUGUUGCUGUAUUUGAGUACACAAAUCGUUGGGUAUUGCUAGAAGGCCAAGAGGCGCAGUUGCUCCCUCGUUUGGAGGCAAUUUGUCAUGCGAUUUCCCGUUUCCACUUGCUUCCUGUCAUGCUGAAGACGCAAGGCGUCCCUGCGCCAGCCAGCACUACAGUCCGCAUCCCUUCCCUUCUAGCAUCACAAAGCUGAUUUGUGGCCACAAAUCUGCAUCACAGAUUUCCGUUUUGGUAUGGGAGGGGGCAUUUUUCAUUGCAAUACACACCCUCCCAGUCACGUCAUGCUGCUGGCGAGACCACCCGACGGAACAGGGGCGCGUGCAGAUCUUGAGUGGUAUAGUAAAUUUAUCAUUGUCGUGCGGGAUUUAGAUUUACAAGGCAGUAGAGUUUUGCGAUGCGGAAUUGCAUAACCAACAAACUACAAGCGUCGUGGUUCAAUAUGUCUGUGUGUACCAUCAUGUUGAAAACAACUUACAGGUUCCCAGGAUCAGUCUGCGUUGCUGUUCGACAUCAAGAAACCCAACCCAAACCAUAUGGCUUGCUCAGGUGUUACAAUUUCAAUUGUUAUCAUGAAAGCGGAAACUUGUCAUGCAAAAGCUGCACAACCUAGUAGCCUAUGCCUAACCCCACACGAAAGCGCAUGA